UUACGACGCGCUGCCCGCCACCUAGCGGGCGUUCUUGGCCCAUGCGUCUCCGGUGAAACUAGCCGUGCACAAAUUCGGCCAGGGAAGCAAAAACUUCCCCUCGCACGAACUCGACAAGCCCUCCUCCUUCACCGGGACCACUUCUAAUGGCAGCCGCUCGACUGCACACCGGGCCUGCCCCGUUUCCAUCACCUGAGUGCACAGGAACUACAGCCUUCCUCGACGUGUCGGCCCACGUUGAACACCACAUCGCCUACCACGACUUCAGGUUCGGUGGCUUGAGACCGCCGGCCAGUUCGGUCGCCAACGGAGGGCCCCCGUUCAGCGCGCCGUUGCCGUCGUACUUUGACGGCCCUUCUGACGCUUUCUCGCCUCUGGCUUGGGACAACUUAGGACCGACGUAUCACGUGCAAACCCCCUUUGACUUGGGGGCUUUGGGGAUCGGACCAGGACCUGGGGCGACAGGAAGAGUGCUGCAAGGGAUGACGGUGCAGAGGGCAGCGGGAGGUUGUCGUGGAGGUUCGGGUCAUCAAGACCAUCAGCUGGGACUGGUGUGCGGAGGGGUGAACUCGGGGACGGGGACGAAGAGCAAGCCCAGGAGAAGAGUUGCCACCGUGGCUCAGAGAAGGGCAGCCAACAUUCGGGAGAGGCGGAGGAUGUUUAAUCUCAAUAGCGCUUUCGACAAGCUUCGCAAGAAGGUGCCCACGUUCGCGUACGAGAAGCGGUUGUCCCGUAUCGAAACGCUACGGCUGGCAAUCAUGUACAUCGCCUUCAUGACAGAAGUCGUCGGAGGCAAAGAAGACCCGGACACGACGUGCCCAGGUGCGCCCGGACCAUACGCGGCCCCCAUUCAGCCCAUGAGCGAGCCCCCUCUGGAAGACGCUCCUGGAUUGUGGGCUGCGUCUCGGCCCGUGGGGCCAGUGGGGGCCACCGACGCCCUAGGCCACCUGUGCUCGUCUAGGCAGGUGUGACCUUUGCCUCUGCUGGACCCCGGUUGCAUCUUUCAUCGGUAACACCGGAGUGUCCCAGCUUUCCUUGAGAUUCUGCUGUUCUUCAGAAGAAGGCGUCUUGUCGACUGGUCUUCUCGGUCACCUUGGUAACGUGGACAUGCGAUGUAAAAAGUGCGGCGAAGCGAUCUUAAUACGUGUCACUGGUUUUGAACUAAACCACUUAACGAGCGGGGAAGGGAAGUGCUCGCUGGAGGUCCUUGUACAUGUUAGAGCGCCGGAACUGGUUUAAAAUGGCGAUGAACUUGCAGUGCUAUAGGGGAAUGUCUUUAUUAUGUGGGGAUGCGUGUACGGGACUGCUUGAAGAGAAAUGUGAGUUUUCUACGAUGACAACACGCAUGUACAACCCUAAGUGUGUACAACACGUUGAUGCGCGCGUAAAAUAAUCCUCGUUCCUUGUUACGUCAGGACUUACCACAGUUGUCAUUGUUCGAUGGAGUAUUCAGUGAAGCACGGUGAUACAGUACUCCAAUGACCCUUACACAUGUCGGACGGAAUGCUAUAACUACACGUUGCCACGCCACACAUCAAAAAGACAGAAGCCCUGUACUCUGUUUUACUUGUCGCGCGGCUGCUGUGAAAUCACGGCAACCGUUCAUGAUGAAGGUGACGUAGGUGACAUAGACGGGACGGCGUCUAUAUCUGCGUGGUUCCGUCCGCACCUCCUACGUCUCAAUGUGCCGGUACAAUUAUGUCUAAAGUAUAUACCAACUACUCCCCCCUUGCACCUUGGUUCAGCAUAUACCGGUUCACCCAGCUUAACAGCUUAGGCGAUGCGAGUAGAGUAGAAUGAGAGGCGCCGCAAAUUCGCACACCGGCAGAUCUACAGGGUGUUACCCUAUAAAAGUCUACCCGUGCCGCCAUGCCGUAUUCACCAAUUACUCAAUGCAGGUGGCACAUUGUGCGAUCUUUAUAUAAAGCUCAUAAGGACAAUUAAUCUUGGUAAAUUUCAAAGUGAUUGAGUGCCGCAGCAC